AUGGCUGACGCUCGGCAAUUUGCCGACCUGCGAUUUGGUCACGUCGGCCGCUUGACUUAUCUGCCCAGAGACGACAGGACUACUGGUCAACCCGGUUCUCUUCACACCACGCGGCUCACAUCUAACCAGCCCUGCUUCAAGCAAGUAGGCUCUUCUACAGAGCUAUUCCCGGCCUCUCGCUCAGAACUGCCGGAACCCACCCACUCGCACCUAUGGGCGGAGCGGAAUCUCCAGACGCGAUGGCUCCUCAAGUCUCACCCCGAGGCCUUCAUGGGAAACCCUGAGCUGGCUACGCUCCUUAGAGAGGAUGACGAGAGGUUCCGGAGGCUGGACGGUGCCUCGUCGACACGGUCUGUGCUCGCCAUGGGUGAGAUGCUGGACUCGAGCACCGCCUACCGGCCCACGGUGGCGCCUGUCCUUGCCACGGCAACUGGUGAGUCGGGUGAGCUGCUUCGUCUGGUGCGCGUCGAAGACACUCGUUGGGGUUGGGGCGACAGCACUGGCACCACGCUCCACCUAUCCGUCAUCGAUCCUGUUGACCACGAGGACGAGGUGCUCUGGGCAAGCGACGGCCUUCCCAUCUCUCAGGUCAAGUUCGCAGCCAGCCUGUCGAUCAGAUGGCUCCUGGUGCAGAAACAGACGUCGACCACCAUACUGUAUCCGGAAUACAACAAGGUGCCCAGAUCCGAGAGUCGAUCUUACAGGAACUCCCGCCAGGCGCUGUCCCGGAUCAACCCGACGCCGCUUCUGGCGUUGAGCCACCGCAACACGGGCGGAAACGCUCACUCGGACGUGGCAUUCAACCCCCCCGGCGACGACCGGUCACCCCAGCUCUGUAUAGUCGACGAGUGCGGCUACUGGACCCUGUGGAAUGUCUUGGCCUACAGCAGGACCGACAGAAAGAAGCUCCGUCUAUCCCUGUCCAAGUGCGGCCAUAUAUGGGAGGGCGCCCUGGCUGCCAUCCCUAGCAGACCUUUGUAUCCCGCUGAGAAGCACGGGGUGCUCUUUGCAGGGAAGUCGGGGGCCGAAGACUUCUGGGACGACGACACGUUUUUCCACGAUUCCGGAGAACGACGCGAGGCGCCGAGGCGCUCUACACACCUCGUUCUCUGGAACAGCGAACAGUUCGAGGUUGUCGACAUCGAGUCCAACUCUCCUCUCCCACGGAUAGCCAACUUCUCCACAGCUAAGAGCAAGUUUGGCCACAUUAUCGACAUCCGUCUCAGUCCCAUCGACCAGAGACAUAUCUUCAUGCUCACCACGCAGUUCAUCGUCUGGAUUGAUGUGACGGCCUCGUCUAGGCCCGGCUCUUCCCCACAGCCUGCCAUCAUCUUAACCUGUCCGCACAGGAUGGAGAACAGUGCCGGUUUGAGGAUGUCGGUCAGCUCCUCUACCGGCGUAGAGGGCGAGGUCCCGAUGGUAUUUGUCUCUUCUACGACGGAUCAUCAGGUCAGCGUGCAUUGGUUCAACCUUGAUCCUCGAAAUAAGCUGGCGCAAUGGCACUCCCAAAUAGCCUACAUCAUGCAAUGUUCGGCGAAGGAAGAGAGCAAAUCAUUUGCUCUCCAGGAAAUUUCUUUCCACCCUUGCAAGUUCACAUCCACACACCCCGCGUCGGGUACCGGGUUCCGGUACCGACAGGCUGGCGUGCAGUUCUACCAGGGUAUGGUUCUCGGUCAGGACCUCAGUCUUCGAUACUGUGUGUGCUUCGCAGCCUCCGAUCCGAGGCUCGAUGUGACACCGCCUACGAAUCGCAUCGGAUGGACAAAGAUGGACCAGAAUCGCCGGUGGAAGAAGAAGAGGCUCCAGAUGCUGCGUUACAUGGGAGAGACGGUUGUAGUGCCGGAAACGAUGACAGACGAUGUCAUCAUGUCACUCUCUCGGCGGCCUCCUCAGGGAGUUGAAGAUGAAGAUAGUAGCUAUCCCGGCAUUGCGACUCGGGGUGGGGCGACCGAGUCUUCGAAACCUGUUCAUCUGAACAUGUCCAUCAUUCGCCGGGCUAUAUCGGAAAGGCUGCAUGAUAACAGCAGCCUGCCUACCGCUGCUGGGUUGCCUCAACAGUAUCUCGAUAUGCUUCGGGACGUGGUUCACGGGAGGCAUAUCAACGAGACCAUGCCCUUUAUGACAUGGCAAGAUAUUGUAGCAGAAGGCGAAUCGGAUCACGCGUCUGAUACUGUCCCAGCCGAACAGCUAGCCAAGGCAGUCGAGGAGAUGUUGCGCGAGGUGGGCGAUCAGACGGUCAUGGUGCAGCUAACCAGGCGCCGCAACGGCGAUACCUCCAGAGUCGGGAAUUUUUCGCAACUACACCGCCAGCUCAAGUCCAUAUGGCUAGGCCCACUUCGGCACAAGCUAUCAGCCCAAGAGCUGGCAGCUCGGGAGUCGUGGCUAGCCGAUCUAUCCAGGGAACUCUUCCUCUCCAUGCACGGCGUCGCAGUGCAGGGCACCAUGAACAGACCGCUAUUCAACAGCAACAGCACGAGGGGACAGUCCCGAUCACAGCAGAGCGGCCUGCCACCGCGCAAUUCGGCCCGAUCCUCCCAGGCUGCUACUUCCGGCCCCCCAUCAUCGCCGUUCCCUUCCUCGCCACCAGCCAGCAGCGUCCGUUCCUCAGCUGAGCCGAUAUCGGACGACGCGUUUGAGCGUCUCCGGCUCCUCGCACCUACGAUCCAGCCCCCCAAGACGUCCAAGAAGCCCGCUGUGCUGUCGUACUGGCCUACGGAGCGCGGCGUCGACCCGGCCACCUAUGUGUCCAGCGUGGCCAUUGCCAGCGACAAGAAGCUCGACGGCGCCAGGCAACGACUGCAGAGGAUCGAGGCCAAGCGCAGAGCCACGUCGGACAGGUAUCGGCGGAGAGUCCCUCCUCCUCCGCUAACGUCGUCGUCGUCGCUCGCGAGGUCUGGUCUGCCGUCGCCGCUUCCCGAGAAGAGAGACGAUGAUAGGUCAGGUGUGGCGACGCAGCAGGUCUUGUCCAGUCAGCUGCAGAUGCCACCAUCCUCGUCGCAGGUUCCCGGACCGCCAGUCAUCAGUAUGAGCCAGCCGGUCUCGGGGCCGUUUGGUGGUAGGAAGAAGAAGAAGGCGAAGAAGGAGAAGAGGAGUGGAUUCCGGUGA